AUGCGCCUUCUCCGAAACAAACCAGGCGGCGGCUUCGAGUUAAGUAACUUCAACACCGACGACACUCCUCCCUAUGCCAUACUAUCCCACACCUGGUCGGAAGGCGAAGAAGUCACAUACGAUGAGUUGGUCGCUGGCGAGGGCAAGAACAAGGCUGGUUACGCCAAACUCCGUUUCUGUAGCGAAAGAGCUACGAAGGACGAUGUGAGCUACUUCUGGGUGGAUACCUGCUGCAUCGACAAGCGGGAUAAUACCGAGCUCGGCACAGCUCUCAAUAGCAUGUUCCGCUGGUACCAGCGUGCGACCAAAUGCUAUGUGUAUCUCUCAGACGUGCAUGUCCUAGAUGAGGUUAUUGAUGCGCAAGCAUUUCGGAUCACAUGGGAGGACGCCUUUCGAAGGAGUCGGUGGUUUACCCGGGGCUGGACAUUGCAAGAGCUUCUCGCACCGGCCAACGUCGAGUUCUUCUCCGCGAAUGGCAAGCAAUUAGGUAGUAAGAUAACGCUGGAACAAGAGAUUCACGAGAUUACCCAGAUCCCCAUUAAAGCGUUAAGGAAGUAUAAUCUUCGGGAGUUUCGCGUUGAUGAGCGAAUGAGUUGGGUUGUAAGACGCAGAACAACAGUAGAGGAAGAUCGGGCGUAUUGUUUACUAGGAAUUUUCGGCAUUUUUUUGCCAUUGAUAUACGGUGAGGGAGAAGAGCACGCAUUUCGGCGGCUAAGGAAAGAGAUACAAGGGCAGGCGGACUCAUCGGACAGCUUAACUGCAGCGAGAGCACAAAAGGUCUCUGUCUCCUCGCAACUCCCAUUUCCACGAAACGAAUUCUUUGUCGGACGCGAACAAUACCUCCGGACCCUCGAAGAGAGGCUUUGCCCGUCACUUAAACAUCGACGGAUAUCUAUUUAUGGAUUGGGGGGUGGUGGCAAGACGGCGGUGGCUCUCGAACUCGCAUAUCGGAUGAUAGCAAAGCAUUCUCCGUUCUUGGUUCUCUGGGUACCAGCCAUUAGUCGAGAGACGUUUGAGAUUGCGUACCGCGAGAUAGGAACCCUGCUUUGCAUACCAGGAAUCACAGAUAACAACGCCGACGUCAAACAGCUUGUUAAAAAUAAACUGGACUCGGGCGAUUUCGGUGAUUGGCUAAUGGUCAUUGACAAUGCUGACGACCCUAGCAUCCUUCUGGACAAUACGAAUGACGAUCCGCGGCCAGGCCGACUGUACGACUAUCUCCCACGCAGCGAUCGAGGCUCGAUACUCUUCACGACACGAGGCAGGAAGGCGGCUGAGCGCUUGACGCAGAACAGUGUCUUAGAGCUCGGAGACAUAACCAAAGCUGAGGCGAAGCAGCUCAUGGCACGGCGAAUAAUAAAAGGCACAUUGCUUGACGAUCAAAGCGCUACCAACGAAUUGCUCGAACUUCUCACGUACCUGCCACUAGCUAUUGUACAGGCAGUCGCCUUUAUCAACAGCAAUCAAGUGUUGAUAUCGGAUUACGUGUCCCUAUUCAAACAAGUCGAUACCGAGGUCGAGAUCUUUAGCGAGCGCUUCGAAGACCCAAGCAGGUAUCGGGAGACAGAAAGCACGAUAGCGAGGACGUGGCAGAUAUCUUUCGACCAGAUCCUUAAGCAGGAUCAGCUUGCCGCAGACUAUCUGUCUUUUAUAGCAUGUAUUGACCGGAUCAACAUCCCACAAUCGCUACUUCCCGUUGAGGGCACCCCGGUGCAGCGACUCAAGGCGCUUGGGACGCUUACAGGAUACGCUUUUAUCGCAGAGCGCCAGCAGGAUUCUCAACAAGUAGAAGGAGAGAGACUCUUUGACGUCCAUCGACUAGUGCAGAAAGCGACUGUAUGGUGGCUGAAGGAGCACAACGACUGGACAGCCUGGACAGAGACGGCAUAUGACAGGUUAGAAGAGCUAGUCCCAUAUGGUGGACAUGAGGGAAGAUCAAAAUGGAUAAGCUACCUACCACACGCGAUUCAUAUAGCCGAUCUUCGCAGCACGCUAAGCGAGACGGAAAGAGCCUCGCUUCUCGACCGAAUCGGGCGAUGUCAAGUCACGUUGGGUCAGUACGCAGUAGCGGAGGAGACGCAUCGACGAGUGCUUUCGCUAAGGAGGGAAAAUAUAGGAAAUGAGGACGUAUCAACACUCAUUAGUAUGAAUGAAGUAGGAGUAGCUCUCGACAAUCAAGGCAAGUACGAGGAGGCCGAAGUGAUGCACAAGCAGACGCUGGCGUUGAAAGACAAGGUGCUCAGCAAGGAGCACCCGUUCACGCUAAUAAGCAUGAAUAACUUAGCGGGAGUGCUAGGUAGCCAGGGCAAGUACGAGGAGGCCGAAGUGAUGCACAGGCAAACGCUAGCGUUGAAGGAGAAGGUGCUCAGCAAGGAGCACCCAGACACGCUGGCGAGCAUGAAUAACUUGGCGGGAGUGCUGCGUAGCCAGGGCAAGUACGAAGAGGCCGAAGUGAUGUAUAGGCAGACGCUAGCGCUGAGUAAAAAAGUGCUUAGCAAAGAGCACCCAGAGACGCUGACGAGCAUGAACAACUUGGCGUUAGUGCUAGACAACCAGGGCAAGUACGAGGAGGCCGAAGCCAUGCACAGGCAGACGCUGGCACUGAGAGAGAAGUUGCUUAGCAAGGAGCACCCAGACACGCUAAUAAGCAUGAACAACUUGGCGUUAGUGCUAGGUAGCCAGGGCAAGUACGAAGAGGCCGAAGUGAUGUAUAGGCAGACGCUAGCGCUGAGUAAAAAAGUGCUUAGCAAAGAGCACCCCGACACGCUGACGAGUGUAUAUGGUCUCGCACACUUGCUUGCGCAACAAGAUCUUUAUGACGAGGCCACCACUUUGUACCAGAGAGCAUGUGACGGCUAUAGCGUGGUCCUCGGAGACGAUCACCCGACUACGCGUGCAUGCCAGCGACAUUACUUAGAAAUGCUCCAGAGGAAAGAGCAAAAUGAGCUCUAG